UGCUUUAAUAGGUGACGAUAUCAAGUGAAAAUAUGUUAUACCCAAGAUUCAUGAAUGUCACAUUUUCGCAUUAUUUUCCAGAAUAAACUUUAAAAUUUUAUUUAAAAUAUUCUUUGAUUGUUUUUUUGCAAGUAUGCUUAAUCUUUUCUUAAAUCUAAAGUAUUUUCUAUCUUUGCUUAAAUACAGUUUUCAGUUCUUUCUUUGAAAAUAUUUUCAAGAAAUGAUGUGCAAGAAAAGGGAAACAUGUGUAUCCCCAAAAAGCUACUAGAGUUCACGUAAAAGAUAUUUUGAAAACCUGAAAGCUUUCACAUUCUCUCACUUUAUCCCCCUCCCCCCCACAUUGCUCACUCUUUCUAUUUUAGAUUUUAGUUACUCCCUCUCUCUCCCUUCUUUUGGCAUGGCUGAGCCAAGAACACAAUACAGUGAAUGCAGCUAACAAGAAAUAUCAAAACAACGACAUGAGAGAGCUAGAGAGCUUCAAAAUGACGUCACUAUAUCAGAACCUUCAAUGGCCACCAGUGGGAGCUCCAACGAAUAUCCGACAAGAGGAGCCAUGGAGAUCUCAGUUCAACGAUCCAGUCAACGCUGUUUCCUUUGGUUUUAUCGCCACCGCCAUUCUCAUCUCAAUGUUCAUCGUCAUGGCCAUCUUCGAAAUGCUUAUUCGAGCCACCACCACUAACUCACAUUCUUCUCCGGGUCAGGUCCUUUCGGAUCUAGAGUCGCGGGUGGGGCUCAAUGGCCUUGCAUUUUCUAAGUUUGGUUGCGAAUCUCCCAAGUUAGGUGUGUACUCAAAAGGGGUCUCGGUGUUAAUGCCAGGAGACAAUGUACCUACAUUCAUUGCUUACCAUGCACCCGUACCCGUACCCGUACCCGCACUUGCAGACAAAAAGUCCAACACUCCAAGUUCCAGCUCAAACUCCAUUCAAGAAUGUUAACAAUUCUAGAUUUUCAUUAUUCAGUGUUUUGUUCCUCUGUGAUUGUGGCAGCUUCAUCUCUUAGAUUAAAGGAGGUUGUUAUGAGUAUCUUUUCGUAGAUAUAACUAAAGGAACCAAGCUGCUAAAGCCUGGCUUAAGUAUAUAAGUAUUUAAGAUUUGCCAGAUUUUAAAAUUUAUUUUCAUAUGCUUAUUACAAGAAAAUUACUUGAAGGGAGAGAAAAUCAAUGUGUUUUUUCACUGUCGGUGUGAAAAGUGUGCUGUAAUAUUUUAUUGUCGGCCUACUCAAUCUUUAAUCCCGAACCUAAUAAGCAUGAACUUGUUUGAAAUAUAUAGAUGUGGUAAGUGGUAACAUGCUUUUCUGGUUGUUAGAUUCGUCUUAUGUUAUAACUUAUAAUACGAUCUGAGAUCUCUGAGAAAACCUUUAUCUCUCUCACCUUUAUUAUUAUAUUUGGAUUUCAUGAAUUAUAAUAUCUCAGAACUAAACUAUCAUCUGCUUUUACAUACAUUGCUUUAUUUUUGUCAAAAUGUUUCUUAGAGCUUACGUAUCAUCUAUACUAAAUUUUUGUCUGGAAGCUCAAUAAUGUUUAUAAAAUUGUUACGUUCAGUGGUAAUUAAAAAGGGAGAUGACCCAAUGUUUGGAGUUGUAUAGAUCUGAAACCAUGUUAUAUAUGCAUGUGACUAGAAAUAUAUAGAUAUAUCUUUUAGAUCUUUAAAUAUGUUUUUUUUUACGACAUCUGCAUUAUUUUUAUCCUGAACUUUCGUUUACACUUUUAAGAAGUUUUUUAACUAAUCUAAUUUCAAAGGAUGUGAAUGGAUCUCACAUAAAAUUCAUUUUAUUAUUGUUGACUUGACCUUCAACAUAACACGAGUGGACUUCUGGAAUGAGUUUAAAGAGCGAAUAGAAGGAAGAAAGGAUCUGGGCCGAGACUCGGUGAAGCUCGACAUCUGAUCUGCAUAACAACCUUACCCGCAACACAUUGUGAAGCUUAACAGAUUUAUUAAGUCGAGAUGACGUGUACUGUCUUCUUAACCCGCAUAACAACCUCACCCGCAACAAGAGAGAGAAAAACAGAGUUAGAGAAAGAGUCAGUUUACGCAUCUUCUAAACUCCGGGAAGGCUCGAUCAUUGUGAAGUAUAGCAUCACAUUGUGUUGUGCUAAGUAUCAAUAUUCUCUUGAGUUGUAUCACCAUUGAUUCUACAAAGUGAUCUAUUUCCCGUUUAGUGCAUUUUUGGGAGGAAA